ACGUAAAGUGUGCCUUUCCACUAUCAGACUGAUUCCAAUAAAGUUUACAACACACGGUUUAGAAAAUGUCAAAUAUUCUAACGUUUGCGAUUUAUUGUGCUGUUUUGCUGGGAACGGUACUAAGCCAACCACCACCCGAUAAUGCCUCGUGCAUGCAAGGAAACUCCAACACCAUCCGGGACUGCUGUCAGAUACCAUUGUUCGUGGACCAGAGCAUCAUGAAUCGGUGUGCAACGGAAAAUCCCACCAUUGCUCCGGCUCCGGGUGUGAAGAAGACCGAAGGAUGUUGUAUAGCUCAGUGUAUUUUGACAACGCUGAACAUUUUCAAAAACGGUACCAUCGACAAGACCGCCAUCAAGAGGGCACUUUCGAUGUCCAUCAUCGGUGCCGAUCGUAACUUCGGUUCGCUGAUCAACAACACGGUGGAUGAUUGUUACAACUUGAUCAGCACCAGUCCGGCAUUCAAGGCCGCACCGGUUUCGUCGACACCGGGUCGUCCGGCUUGCAGUUUCCUGCCGGAAGGAUUCUUCAAUUGCUUCAAAUCAACACUGUUUCAGAAAUGUCCUGCCGUGGUUUGGAUCGACAGUGCCGACUGUAAACAACUGAAACAGAAAUCGAUAUCUGGGUGCUCGUUUCUAUCUUUAAUGGGAUAAAAUAGUAUUUAUGCCG